AUGGAAUCCUGCUUGUUUUGUAAGAAGCCUUUCAGUGAAAAUGGGGAGCUUUGGAAUCACCUAACUUCAGGAACAUGCAGUGGAGCCCAGACAGCUGGAUCGGUUCAGUCGUCUACGGCACUGGAUGCUCCCUUUGACGAUUUCGGUAAUACAGGGACAGUUCCAACAUAUUCUGACCUCGCCGCCGAAAGUUUAUUGGUGAAGAAUGAUUCUAAAGAUAGUCCCGAUGGUAGUUCCAACGCUUGUAAGCAGUUCACUCAACCACCUUCGCCACCAGAUGCCCCACCUAACUCUGUCCUAUUAAAAUCUACUUCAAAAGAAUUUGAUCAUGUUUUCAGAGAUCCGUUAAUGGGGAACAGCUCUUUACUUGGUAUGAAUGGCAAUUCCGCAACUUCGGCACAUGUGACGCCUCGGACAAACGAAAACAAAGUAGUUGCUGGGCCUUCUUUACCACCAGCUACUCCACCCUUCCCUGGACCAAGGGUUUCGGCUCCGGCGGAUUAUGCACGUUCUUUAAAUUCAUCGGCCAAGAAGGAUUUUCCAUGUGAACUGGCUUCUUCACAACUGGGCUCUGAGGCGUCUGCUACCGACAGCCAGCAUUCGAAGUGGAAAUGUACCCUGUGUAACAUUGAAUUCAUUGAUAAGGCAGCAAUGUUUAAUCAUGUGAAAAGUCAAGAGCAUGAGGCGAAUAUACAAGUCGUAAAGGGAGCUGCUAGAGACGCGCCACUGAAUGCUCUCCCUGGCUCUAUAUUACAGAAAUCAUCAGUUCCAACAGAUUUCAACCUCGCCUCCAAAAGCUUAUUGGUGAAGAAUGAUUCUAAAGAUAGUCUCAAUGGUAGUUUUGUCGCCUCUAAGUAUGAGACCUCCACAACGGCGAAGAAGGAUUUUCUAUGUGAACCGGCUUCGUCACAACUGGGGGCUGAGGCGUCUGCUACCGACAGCCAGCAUUCGAAGUGGAAAUGUACCCUGUGUAACAUUGAAUUUAUUGAUAAGGCAGCAAUGUUUAAUCAUGUGAAAAGUCAAGAGCAUGAAGCGAAGAUACAAGUCGUAAAGGGAGCUGCUGGAGAUGCACCAUUGUCAGCAUUACCUCGCCGUCAGAGUACUUCCCCUGGUUCUUUGCCAAAAAGCGAGUUGGUCGAAACUAUACGCCAAGUAGUUUUGGAAGAACUGCCUGCCCUUUUACGCAGUGAACUUAGAAGAAUCUUUAACGCAGCCUUUAUGGAACCUUCGAAGGAAAUUGUGCCAAGCAGAAGUGCCUCGUCGAACAGCCUACCCGAAGUGGAUGCGGAUGCUCAAUAUAUUUUGACGCAGGGGAUCUCCACCAAGUGCUCACUUUGUGAUUGUCCAAUAACAUCUGCAGCUAACAUGAAAAUUCAUGUGGAGGGGAAAAAGCACAAGGCUAAUUUAGCAAAGCUGGAAAACCCCCGUGGAGUUCCUCAUCAUCCAUAG